ACAGUCUUCGUCUUCAACGGUGAUGAAAUCUCAGAAACCCUAAGCUUCACAGACGAUGCCGCUUCCGAUAAUGGACACAUGCCGGAAGCGAAAGCGGAAGCCGAGCGUGUACAGUCUCCAACGAUUGGGAGAAGAAGAGUUCCCGAUUAGCCGGAGCGGGAGCUUCCGAGACAACGUCAGGGUUUUUCUCCGGGACUUCGCGGAGGUCGAGGAGUAUAACGUCCGCGGAUCGCCGGUUUGGUGUACGCUCCUCAGCCACGAAGCGAAGAACACUGUGAUUCCUCUGUAUACAAUCGAAGAAGACGUUGUUCGAUCCUCGGAGCCUUACUGCGAUCACUGCAGGUGUACAGGAUGGAGCAAUCACUUUGUGUCAAAACGAAAGUAUCAUUUUAUCAUACCGGUUGAUGCUGAGUGGGAUUUGCCUCUAGAGGAUGAUGUAUUCGAUCUGCAGACUCAUCUUUUGCAUGGACUGAUUCACACGAAUGGGUUUGGUCAUUUGAUCUGCGUCAAUGGUCUUGAAGGAGGGUCCAGAUACUUGUGCGGAAGAGAAAUGGUUGAUCUUUGGGAUCGAAUUUGUACCAACCUUGGAGCAAGGAUGAUAACUGUUGAGGAUUUGUCAAAGAAGAGAUCUUUGGAUCUUCGGUUGUUGUACGGUGUGGCUUAUGGACACUCGUGGUUUGGGAGAUGGGGAUACAAGUUCUGUCGUGGGAGCUACGGUGUGACCAAGAAUGAUUACGAGAAUGCUAUAGAGCUUCUUGGUUCCCUUGAGCUUGAUCAGAUUGAGUUUGAUUUUGGAGAGCAUAGACAAUGCAAACGGAUCAAACAGGUUUUCCGGCACUACAGAGAAAUGAGUGAAGGGCAUUUGAAGACAUUCAAGGAUCUCUUGCGGUUUAUCCUCAUCAUCAAGUCUCAUGCUCCUAAAAAGAACAAGCUUCACUCUGCUCCUCCUCCUACUCUCUCAACUGAUUCUCCUCCGAAGAAGAGAUCAAACAGGUUGUUUAUGAAGAAAAGCGAUGCCGUGGAGAGUGAGAAGUCUCAGGGGUACCGGAGUUACAGCACUGUGGCAGCUAAUUUGGGAAGUAGAUGGCCUGUGAGAAGACUGGAGUAUGCUGCUGAAGUAAUCGUGGAGGCACUAAAAGAGAUGAAAGUACUGAAGCAGAGUGGUAUGACUCGGCAAGAUGUUAGGGACUCAGCUAGAUUGCAUAUUGGAGAUACGGGUCUGCUAGACUACGUGUUGAAGUCGAUGAACAAUGUGAUUGUUGGGAAUGCUUUGGUUCAACGUUAUGUGGAUCCUCUUACAAGGAUUCUUCACUACACAAUACAGGAGCUUGAUGAUGCUACUAAACUGGUGGAACAGAAGAAAGAUGCUGUGAUAGAGGCGGUUCCUUUGAGGGUUGUCAGUGAAUCAAAAGCUGGAGGUCAUGUUCAUGGAGAUCUGUUGUUACUAUACACAAACGUGCUCUUGAACUAUCCAAAGUCCGAGUCAGUGAGAUCUGCAGCUCAAGUAGUCCUAGACAGCAAACACUUCGUAAAGGAGUGGCCUCUACGGGACAACGAUGACAAAAUCUUCCGGUUUGUUUGUCGUAUCAAUAACCCAAGUUUGAUUGAUUUGAGAACAGAACAGGUCACAGAGCUGCCUCCAGGUGAGCUAGUCACAGUCUCGUUACAAGCCACAGUCUUUGAUCUAAAGCAAGCCAUCGAAGAAACUUUCAGAGACACUUACUGCAUCUUGACAAACUUUGAGGUGAACGAGAUCGAUGAGCUUAAGGAAGAUGAUGAUGAUGAUAGCAACUUGCUGUUUGGAAAACUCGAGCCUUGCUCUGCUUUGACUGUGAGAGGAGAUGGGAUUGAUUUGGAAUCAACGCUCAAGUUCCAAGGUGGAAGCGACACAUGGAUGGUGAAGUGUGUUUGCAGAGCUAGAGAUGACGAUGGGGAGAGGAUGAUUUCGUGUGAUGUCUGUGAGGUUUGGCAGCACACAAGAUGCUGCGGAAUUGAUGAUUCAGAUACUUUGCCUCCACUUUAUGUUUGUUCGAGUUGCUGUGAUGAAUUUGCAGAGCAACAGAAGAGAGUUUUGCAGCCCAAGUACGAGUUUCAGAAUCCAGGUCAGAUGUUGAUGCUUGGAGCAGCGGAUGAUUACUUCGCCGAAGAAGAUGAGGGAUGUCUUGGAAUGAUGAUGUUUCCUUCAGAAAGUUUCGUUAGUGAACAAUUCAUUUUGUAAACCAUUUUUUUGGUGUCAAACCAAACACUGAUGAUUUUUUGUUUGUAGAUAAAUCAUUCUUUGGUAAUGAACCCAAAAGGGGGAAAAAAACCUGUAUAUACAUUUUUUGUGUUAACGAAGCAAAAUGCAUUUGUUA